AUGGAACCGACCGGGCCUUGUGGUUUCUGCCCGGUCGGGGAGACCCAGCCGGCGCGCUAUACCUGCCCGCGCUGUAAUGUGCCCUACUGUUCGCUGCGCUGCUACCGAGCACAUGGCAGCUGCGCCGAAGACUUCUACCGUGACCAGGUGCUAGGCGAGCUCCGCGGCCGCACCUCCUCGCCCAGCCGCCUGGCAAGCGCCCUACGCCGGCUGCGUCAGCAACAGGAGACCGAGGAUGAGCCAGAGGAAGCAGGCCUCAACCCUGGCCCAGCGCCCGGCGGCCUUUCAGACCUCUGGGAACGGUUGACCCCGGCCGAGAAAGCAGCCUUCGAGCAGCUGCUGAGCCGCGGUGAGGCCGGGCGGCUACUGCCUCCGUGGCGGCCAUGGUGGUGGGCCCGCGUAUCCGAGCCGCGGCUUCUGGAGGAGCUGGAAGACGACACAUCGGGCAGUAACGCCGCAGAGCUGGAUCCUGGCCCUUCGAGGACGCCGUCGGAACCCGCGAAGGAAUCAGCCACCGCUGGGGAGCCCGAGGCCGCAGAGACGGUUCACGGAGACGCCCCGGGGACAGACGCGCCCACUGUGCCCACCCGCAUCCCUGCGCUGGCCAACCUGAGCCGAAGCCCGGUCUCGCCGCUCGUGCGCUUCCAGCUGCCCAACGUGCUGUUCGCCUACGCGCACACGCUGGCCCUGUACCACGGCGGGGACCAGGCGUUGCUCCCCGACUUUUGUGCCACACUGCUCAGUGUUUCUGGGGCGCUGGGCGCCCAGCAAGUUUUCGCCUCUACUGAGGAAGCCCUGCAGGCUGCAAUCCAUGUGCUGGAGGCUGGUGAACACCCGCCAGGACCCCUGGGUACACGAGGUGCCAUGCAUGAGGCCGCCCGAAUCCUGAUGGGGGAAGGCCCAGCCAAUCAGAAAGGCUACACGCUGGCAGCGCUGGGACACCUGGCACAGAUCCUGGGCACGACCCGGAAACAGGCCGUGGCCGCAGAAGAGCGGCAUCACCUAUACCGGGCCCGAAAGAAGUGCCAAUUCCUGCUAGCCUGGACCAACGAAAACGAGGCGGCCCUCACACCCCUGGCUCUAGACUGCGCCAGGGCCCACCGAGCCUGCGCUGUGGCCGCGGAGGAAAUGGCAGCCCUCACUGGCGAGAUGGAGCGGCUCUGGGGCGGCCCCGUGCCACCACCCCGGAGGACUCUCAUUGAAGAGCUACCUGGUUAA